AUGAUUGGUGCAAUGCCUGCAGUGGCUGUACGCCAUGAACGUAGAAGACAAGAAAAAAGAGGAGGUAGUGGAAAUAGUGGUCACCAUCAAGUAGGUUUAUGUUCACGUCCAAGUCAACUAUACGUUGGUGGCGUAUGGCCACCACCUCAUAGUCCGUGCUCUACAAGUCCGAGUCCAGGUGGACAUCACAGUCCUGACGACGAUCAAUUUCGAGAAUAUUACGUUUGUGGAAAAAUAUCAGCAUUACAAUUAGUUGUUGGUUCAUUAUUAUUAGGCGCUAUUGUUCUGGUAGUUGGCUUAGUACAAUUAACACCCGGUGCUGAUGCCGCCGAUCAUCGUUUCUAUUUAAUGGGCGCUGGUACAUCGUUAAUAACAUUAGGCUUAGCAUUAACAGCGGUACGAUGCUGUUGUAUGCAUUGUCCACGUAAAUCAAGUCAAGUGAUGGUUGAACAACCGCAAGGUGUUAGUAGUAUUGAUAUGUUGGUUAAAGAUGGUGUUAUUACAUCACCAUCUGAAUUAGAUUACAUCUGUGUACAUCAACGUACAUCAACGUACAUCAGUGUUGGUCUACAUUUAUAUCAAUAA